CGAAACUGGGAACGGCUUGAAAAAUCCACCCCAGGCUUUUGGGUUCUCCGUCUCUCCCUCCCAUUUUAUAUUUACAUUGACCACCAGUUCAAGAUCAGCGAGUGUUUUAUUCAUCUGAGACAGUACUGGUGACAAUUUUUACACUUUACUCCGGAAACUUUACAUUUUUUGAAAACCGUUUUAUCUCCAGUUUCCCCGCAGUUCCCAGUUACUGGAACUUGUGUCGUUUUGAGGAAGAGAAAAAUGAGCCAUAAAGUCUCAAUGGAGCUGUUUCCACAUUUACCAUAAAGCUCUGAAAACUGGCGCGCUGCACAUUCUAGGGGCGACAGGGAGAGGAAGCUUCGAGACUGCAACGGACCACAUGCUUCUUAAAUGGAUCCAGGGCGACACACGGAUAAAAACGGACUUCCAGAAGAGUUUAUCCAAGAUUGAUGGUAGUGACAAGCUAACAGGAAGUUUGUAAUGCACUGACAGAAGAAAGAAAACCCAUAGAAGCUGGUGAUAAGUAAACAGCAAGAUUGCUAAUGUGAAGACAAAAGAAAGAAAACCAUGGCAGAUGAACUUGGGCAGUCACCCAAGAAUUGGACUGAAACUCAAGUGAGCAACUGGCUCAGAUCCAUUGGUGUGAAUGAAAAAUACAUAAAAAAGCUCUUUGAGGAAGAAGUAGAUGGAGAAAUCCUUCUGACACUGGAUGAGGACUUUUUGAAGACAAAGAUUUGCAUGAAGUUAGGCCCUGCUCAUUUGAUCAUUAAAAAAAGAGAUGAGCUCCUCAAAUCCCAGCAAAAGUCACAGGAGAAGAAAAAACCCGACAUUGCUAAAAUAACUGAGCUGGAGCAGAAUAACGAUCAAAAAUCAGUUCAAUAUCAAGCUACAAGUGAAGCACCUUCAACACAAGUUCAUGUGGGAGACUUAAAGGAGAGACAGACAAAGGAAGACUGCAAACCAAGACCAUUUGAUCAAGAGGGGGUUGAUCACAUAUAUGUAAAGCACAGGGUCCUGCAACCGGAGUCAGGCGCUUUUAAUUUGAUACAUCCAUGCCAUGAAUUUAAGUCCCUAACUGUAGCUGCGGGAUUGGAUCGCCCGAGGCUCCAAGCAAAGUUUGCCAAAGAGGUUCUUAAAUUUGCAACUGGCUGCAUGAAUAUCAGAUCUAAUGGCACAAUACACUUUGGUGUGAUGGACAGCAGGGAGGAUACAGGAUACAUGCACGGUGAGGUAGUUGGCAUACCUGUGAAAGAAAGGGACGUAUAUGUAGAUGCUUUGGACUACAUUGAAAGGAGUUUCUCAUCUGACGCGGAACAUGUGCGCCAGUGUGUGCGACCACCAAGAUUUAUUGAGGUCAUGGAUCGAGAAAGUACAGAAAAGAUGUAUGUGGUGGAGGUUGACAUUGUACCUUUAAUCAGCAUUGUUAAGAGCAAGUGGUAUGCAGUUCGUCUGCCCAACUUCAAUGAGUCGGCCAAUAAAGUGCAAUUCGAAAAGGAAUCAAUUCUACGGAGGGUGGGUUCAAAAACAGAGCCUGUGUUGGACAAAGAUUUGAGUGAAUUCAUCCAGCGAGUCAAGGAUCGUGAUGCUCAAAGAGAAGAAGCAGAGAGAAAUCAGUUCAACAAUGCUCCAAUGGUCAGCAAAGACCUUGGAAGGAAACUCAAAAUGCUUAUGACGAGUGGGAAGAAGUUAAUUGAAAAUGACAAAUGGUUAAUAUUCGUCACAAACAAAUUCAAACCUGAUGAUCUUAGUCAAAUUGACUGGCUGCUUAACAUGAAGAUAUUCUGCGUGUUUGACUUUGACCCUGAAUCAAAGGUAUCAGGUCUUUGCAACAGUUACCUUCAGCAUCAUGCUGCAAACAUGCAUUCACUGCAGAGCUACAAUAAGUCCAGUGACACAAGCAUCAAAGAGUUCACUAGCAACCUGCAUCUUUUUGAGCAAACUAGCUGGAUCUUCUGUAAUGGCCGUUCUGACUUCAAAGGAAAUGAUGCACCAUGUGAAGAGAUGACUUGGAUCAAGACGAAAAUAACCCUCUUAAGGGAAUCUGUGUCUUCGAUUUGUAAACAUAUCUUGCCAAAAGGGGCAUUCCAGGUCAUUUUUCUUCUCACAUCACCAGUUGAGAAACCAUUGUUGCACACCUUUUAUGAGUUUUUCACAGACAUGGAAGGCCAUGAAGACAUCAUCUGCAUCUGUGAAUCGGAGAACAACUUCCUGAGGUGGCAAAGCUUUGCAGAGGGAUCGUGUGGAACAGAAACCGUGAACAACUUCAGUGUUGUUGGGAUGAAAAUGAGUCAUGUUAAUGCAACCGUGCAGAAUGUACAACCUGUAAAAGCCUGUACCAGCAAACAUUUGCCUGUCUUUGUGAAAGGGAUCUGCCAACUUGAGACAAACAAAGAGGAAGAGAUGGCUUCUCUAGAAAUUCUGACUGUCAAUCAUUGUGAUGAAACAACCGAACACUUCAUUAGUGAGGAGAAAGCAAACGUUGAACAGCAGUUCCUCCGUGGUGGAAGAGUGACCUGGUUGAAUUUCUGGCUUGCUGAACACAAGCAUGUUGGAGAGGUAAUUGAAAGAGAUGCUUAUAAAGAUGUCUCUGAACUUCUCAAGAAUGCUCUGAAGUACAAUGCAGAACAGACUCCGGUGAAGAGUAUAACCAUCUACCAUCAUCCAGGAAGUGGUGGAAGUACUGUGGCAAGACAAGUGUUGUGGAAAAACAGGAAAGACCUAAGGUGUGCAGUUGUGAAGCCUUCAUACUCGGUUGCGGUCGUUGCGCAGCAUGCUGUUUACCUAAGAGAAUAUGAAGAAAAGGAUCCACAGAGCUGUCUUCCAGUGCUGCUCCUCAUUGAAGACUCAGACAAAGAAUAUCUAGAUGAUCUCAGGAAUGAAUUAGAGGUUGCAAUUAACAGCAAACAAUUCCAGUACGGAAAACCUUGUUUCAUUUUCUUGAGCUGCAGUCGAUCCUAUGAUCCAGAGAGAAGAUGCAAGGAGUCUCCCUUACAAAAUGUCUCUGUCACUCACAAGCUGUCUGCUGAAGAGAAGAGAAUGUUUGCUAGAAAACGAAAGGAUCUCGGAAGACAAUACGAGGAUCAGUUCAUCCUGACUUUUGUUCUGAUGAGUGAAGAAUUCACUGAUCAUUAUGUUCAAAAGUUUGUGAAAAAUUUGCUCCAAGACAUUGACCAUGAAUCUCCUGUCACUCGCCUCGUUAACUAUGUAGCACUACUUAACAGUUACGUUCCAAACUCAUUCAUCUCUCAGUCCCACUGCGAAGCCUUGCUAGCUUUGAAAGUGUCAAUGGAAAGGUUUCACCAGUAUGAGUUUGAGAGAUCGCUCAGUGAUCAGGCUAAACUCGUCUUCUGUCACCUCAGAGAUGACAAGACCCACAUUAAAUCAAUCAGAAUCAUUCACCCACUCGUUGCAAAGGAAAUUCUCCAACAACUUCUUGGAAGCCAACAGACCCACAGUGGUUUGGCAAUGAAUUUGCUCUGUGAGAAUGUGCUUUUCGAGCACAGAUUUGGAAAGGAAGAAUAUCAGUCGUUCUUGAAAGCACUUCUCAUAAGGAGAUCCAGAAUAAGCAAAGGAGAUGAAUAUGACAGUUUUUUCUCUCCUCUGAUUGAGCAUGUGUGUAAAAACGAACAUCCAAACAAAGCAAUUGAGUUACUCAAGGAAGCUUUUAAGCGUUUCCAUGAUGAUCCAUUCUUUGCACAACAACUUGCUCGUCUUCAUUAUAAAUAUGAAAUGUUCGAAGAGGCGGAACACUGGGCAGAGACGGCAGCAAGACAGCAGCCAAACAACUCUUACAUACUUGACACAAAAGGACAGGUGUACAAAAAAUGGUUCCAAGCCAAACGCAAAGCCAUUGACAAUGACUCCAAACCGAACACUGCCAAAAGUACAGCAGAUGCUGUGAAGACUGCACUGAAAGCCAUGCAGUGUUUUCAAGAUUGUGAGAGAGCAGCUACAGCAGAAAAGGAAAACAUAAACAAUUCAGGAUAUUUCGCGGAAGUUGAAGUUGGAUGCGACCUGCUCAAACUGAUAUUUUCAUUGCCGUUUUUCGCAAAUGGAGCCAGAGGCCAUGGAGAAUGCCUGAAGUACCUGUUCAGUGAUCACAUUCCAGAGGAACUUAAAGAUGACUGGGAACCAUUCCAUGGUCGUUUGAAAAAGCUUUACAAGACAGUGGAUGAUGCCUUGGAGUGGAUUUCAGGAGACCUCAGUUACUUCCAGACAGAUGCUGGUGUAGAUGAAGAUGAGAUUCAUUUAGGUCCUGAGGCGAAGAUUAACAAUCCACUGAAAUGGUUGGCAAAUAUAUCCUCUGUGUUUGGAAGGUACUUCAGUGAUGCUUCUUCUAGAACAUUUCUACAAACUGGCCAGUCAACCGCAACCAAUCUAACUCCUAUACAAAAACGCAUGGUCAUCUAUCGGCUUGGCGGGGGUAACGUCACAUCCAUCCUCUCUAAGCUAGGUGAAGAGAAGGGUGCAGUAGAUACUCUAAACAAAAUCCUAUCUCUCUACCCCAGCAAUCCACUGAAAUCAAAGUUUGACCAGCGUGAUAUUGUGAAUUACACACUGGCCAGCAUUACUCUGAACUGCUUGUCACCGAUGGCUCCGAAAGUUCUUUCUCUACAAGUCCUUCAGGACCUUUGUCGUCAGUUCCCUGCUGACAAAAAGAAAUGUCUACCAAGUUCCUUGUUCCUGCUUACCUUACUAUUCUGGCCAGAGGAUAAAGACACAAACAUUGAGAGAGAAAACAAAUAUGAAGUUGUCCAAUCAGCUGUUCAACACAUGGAGAAAGGAUACUGGACCAAGAUGAAAGACAUUCCUCCACGGAAGAGAAGACUUUACACCCAUUUCUUUCUGGGCAGUGGAAAUGGAUUGGAUAAAUUUAUCCACAAGAGAAAGUUAAAAGGACUCGUAAAGGUGACAUCUCUCUCUGAGAAGCGCUUGAAGUGGUUAAGUGGUGAGGUGUGGAAGAAGCCUGAGAUUGCCAAGUUGUUGAAACGUGUUUCUGGAUGGACUGAUGAUGGAGUGGUGUACCUCGAGGGCCCUCAGAAACAGAAGUUCAGGAUAAUGCCGCUUCAUUUACCUUCACUUCCUCAUAGCAAUGAAAACAUCACCUUCUACCUGGGGUUCACCUUCAAAGGUCCUGUUGCCUACAACAUCGUUGUAAAUAAAUAGAAACGUUGUUCAAAAACAAACUGUCAUUUACCAAAGCAUGGGCUUUGUAGUAAUAGGAGAAAGACAAGUUUGAUUGGGAAUUAAAACACGCAAGGUUUCCUUUGUCAUUUGUCAAGCAGGAAAUUAUUUGUAAAACAAUUAAUUUUGCAAGAUAUAAAAUGUUUUGAUACAUUUUGCAUGUUUCCUCUCUUGUACUUGUAUACAGUGUAAUAAGUGUACUCAAAACACAACCACUAUAAUGUUGUCAUUCUUUGUUUAUACAUAUACAAACAUUUCUGAAAAAAGUACAAUUUCACCAAAAUGUGCUACUUUGUGAUUUUAUAGAAAUUAUGUAUUUUUAAGAUCUGUGUGUAGAACUGUCAUUUCCGAGUGUUUGUGGAUGAACUUCAGAUGGGUUGAAGUUCACACCUGUUCACGAUAGCGUACACUCGCUCCUUCAUGCUUUCCAAGAUACAAUGUAGAAAAGAAGGGAAGCUAAAUAUAUUUUUCAUGGGAAUUGUAUCAUUUUAGUCAAAGAUGUAUCAAAAACAAAUGAAUAAAACAGUGUUCAAUUCGAUACAAUGUCUGUACAUAUUGAUAUGCAAAUGAAACAUCUUUGAAUAAAUGUCUGUCUACAUAUUGAAAAGAAUGUUCUUGCGAUGUGUUUGUAUAGAUAUUGAAUAUAUUCUAUGCAAGCUAUGGAAUGCUACCUGUUCUCAACAUGAAACUGCACAUUAAGCCAGUUGCACUAUCGAGCAUUGAAUGUCAUAAGAAAUAAUAAAGUUUAAAAUUAUGUGAAAAUGUAUAAGAUUCAUCAAUUUUAAACCCCAACCUCAAGGCUGGUUGUGGGUUAAACGAGCACAGGGAAUAUUUAACAACAUUAAAUAUUGAAUGUAUGUUUAAGUCUGAAAAGAGGAAACGAUUUUGAUGUUUGGUUUUGUUGCUGCAGCCACAGAUGAUCACCGCUCUAUCUUUCUCUACAGCACAGCAGAAAGUCGCAGCAGCACGUUUUGUCCCAGUGUGCUUGCCCUAGUUUAAUAUUAGCCUGCAUGCUGCUCUGGUAGCUUUAGCUUCAGCAGGCUUGUGACGCCCUUGUAAACAUCGUGUUUUGUCUGAAACGCUCUUUGCUCCCGUCUUUCAACAAAACGUGUUAAACGCUGCUCCCACGUAAUUUUUCUGGAGGAAACAGCCAAAUAUAAGCUCCGCGCUGAGCUGUGUCGUAGCUAAUCGCAAGCGAACAGCUAGCUAAGUAUGAACACAACUGUGGCUCCUCUGCUGUUUGCUGACCAGUACCUGCAGCUGUCAACCACACUGGCCUCUUCCCUUGUCUCUGGCCUCGGGGAGCAUUACACCUCCCUCCUGUUGUAUUUAACUGGACUUCGCUGACUCUCUGGAACCGAGACAUGGCUCCUCAUGUGAGUCUAAUGCAGCUGUUCUCAACUUGAGGUUCGGAACACCUCAUCAAGAGAAAAUAAAAAAUGGUUUCUUUUUUUCUUGUAUUGGAAGGAAUGUGUAACGUCUUCAAGUCUCUAAAACUUAAAUGUGUUUUUUCAAAUGAAAUCUUAAAAGAGAACAUGGUUCUUUGGUUGAUCUGUUGCUUCAUGUGAAAGGGUAAUAAGACAAAAGUGUUAUCACCUGGUGUAUGGUAUAUGUCAAUAUAUAAAAUAAUCACAGGCUACUUUUUAGUUCCUAGCACAUUAAAACAUCCACAAAAACGUGUACUAUUUAGUUGUUUCUGUAGAACAAUCAUUAUUAUGCUUUUGUCAUUUCCUACUUUUGAUCUGUUGUGUUAAAGUUGUAAAGGUUGUUUCUUUACAGGCUGAUGCAAAUAUUUACGGUUCUCACCAAUUCUUCUAAGUACAGGAGGAGGAUGGUCUAGCACAUGGAGUUUUCCUUCUCAACAGCAUUGCAAUUGGUACAGAGCUCUUUUCAACAGAACAUGAUGUUUUUUUCUUCUUGUAAGUGAAGAAACAAAUUAUUGCUGAAUGUCUUCUUUUAUGCCUCGGCGAAGAGAACAAACCACAGACGCGAUGCUUCACUUCUUCUGUUAAAAACACCAUUUAACUUUGUAUCUCCAGCAGAUGGCAGCUAAAGGUUCUGAUUUUGUGUGUCUCCUGGUUUCUGUCCCAGGACCCAGGGAUCAGCAGCACUAGCCCCCCUGGUUUGAAAUUAUAUUUUUAUGCUAUGAAUUAAAUGUCAUUCCUGUGAUUAAAUAUUAUACCACCUACAA